AUGCGACCGAAUACAGCACGACUAAGCAGACUGCCAUUCUAUAUUACCAUUCUAUUGGGCGGAUUGCUUAUUCUUCUCACACUAAAGUCAUACACUUCAAAACUAAAUGGUCCCGAUGCCCCUAGUUGUCGACCGGUUUGGAUGUAUCCAUCUUAUAUCAAGAUCCAUUCUUUUGAUCAACUGCAUACAAAAUACGCAUCAAAGUAUUCGAUAUACCUAUAUCGGGAACAAGGAAGGGAUAAGGAACCACCGGAGAGUAGUGGGGGUGAUAAUAUUGCUAGCAUGGAAUUAGAAGGGGUACCCGUUUUGUUCAUUCCUGGCAAUGCCGGUAAUCAUCGACAAGUAAGAUCAAUAGCAGCAAGGACGUCAGAGCUCCACGAUGAAUCAAAUUACGGAGGCUGUAAUCCUAAAUUAGAUUUCUUCACUGUUGAUUACAAUGAAGAUUUUACGGCUUUCCAUGGGAGAACUAUACUAGACCAAGCUGAAUAUGCCAAUGAAGCAGUGAAGUUUAUUUUAAGUUUGUAUUCCAAUAGAGCCAAUCCACCCAAAUCAGUCAUUGUUAUUGGUCAUUCAAUGGGUGGGAUAGUGGCGAGAAUCAUGUUGACGUUGCCUGAUUAUGCUUCUGAUUCGAUCAAAGAUAUAUUGACGUUGAGUUCGCCACAUUCUACGUCACCAUUGACCUUUGAUGGCGAUUUGUCAACUAUCUACUCAGCAGUUGACAAGUUUUGGUAUUGUGGGUUCAACAAUUGCUCAGCCGCUAGCACCUCCAAGUUGAAUCAGUUAUCGAGUGUAGCUCACACUCGAUUGCAUGAUGUGGCACUAAUAUCAAUCACUGGAGGUGCGUUGGACUCAACAUUACCGGCAGACUAUACGACAUUGGGGUACCUUGUGCCCAAAACCAAUGGAUUUACGGCUUUCACCACGGGAAUACCGCAAGUUUGGACACCAAUUGAUCAUUUGGCUGUAGUUUGGUGUCAACAGUUGCGUACAAGGAUUGCGUUGGCGUUGCGAGAAUUGACUUGUUUACGUGACACAGCUACUCUUGAAGAUCGAAUUGGAGUGUAUGAGCGUUAUUUUUUAACGGGAUUUGAAGAUUAUGCAGCAGAGGAUAGAAGGUUAUCAACUAUACCUAAAGAGGAAAUAUUUGGAAGGGAGGAAAUGAGUAAAGAGACGUUGAAUAAGCUAGAUGAAGGUGCGGUGUAUACCAACAACCAGCUUGGGUCACUCAAUACAUUCUCUUUGGAUAAAAAGAAAGACUAUCAAUUCACGUUGAUAUCGAGUACUCCAUUAGGAAAGCUACGAGAAGGACAAGACAGGGAGCAUCAACGAGCAGUAGGGGUUUACAAUGAAGGAAGCGCCAGCGGGAUCACAGAUGUAUCCUCACUACAAGCUACGAUCCCCAAUUUUAGCAAGGGUGUGCCUGACAUAUCGCAUUCAUCUUAUGAUGGAGACACGCCGCCAAUGUAUAGUUUGGUGUUGAAUUCGACAACGUUGAAGCGAUAUUCGAAUAUUGUGAUAACCCUCCCCAAAGAUGAGCAAGCCACGGUAUAUUGUCAAUUGUCUACGAAUCCAGGUAAUUACACAUUGAACACUGAGUCUGGGUUUCUUUCGUGGAUUAAAUUUUUCACAAUUGGCAGCUCAAUUAGCUUACCUUCUUCUCGCCCAGUGCUGACAAACUUGAAAAUCCCUCAAGCUUGGAGUAGCUUAUAUGUCUACAAGUUGAAGUUUACCCAUGAAGGUGGAAAAGAAAGUCAACUUGAGGGACAGAAUUUCAAUACAUUUAUUAGACAAUGGACAGAAGAUCCAUUUGAGAGCAAAUGGUACACAAAUGGUGUUCCAGAUUCUGGGGAAGGCGAGUUACAGUUGACUAUGCAUGGUGUAGCCCCUUAUGUUCCUUACAAAGUCCAAUCCGAUUAUGGGAUGAAUUUGCAAGUAUGGUCAGGAGACGAUAUGGCAAAACCAUUGAAUAUCAGUGUGUCGAUUGAUAUCAUAGCCAGUUUGAAAUUGUUGAUCUUGAGGUAUCGAAUCACCAUAGUUGGGAUGAAUGUUGCGAUUGUAUGUGUUGUGUUGAUGUUACAAUUUGGUAAGUAUUGUUCUAGUGGCAAGUUUCCCGCAUUUGAUCAGACGUUGAUUUAUUUGAAUUCAAGAUAUUGGCCUGUUAUAAUGGGGGCGUUGAUCAUUCUCAACUAUGCAAUAAAUGUUCCAUGGGUUAACAAGUUGAUGCAUCAUCUUGAUCCUGUGGUUUUAACCGACUACAACAAGUUUGUUAUUGAUGAAACAGAAUCAGGAUUCAAAUCCAAUGAGUUGUAUUUGGGAUUGAGUCAGGGUUUUACGAUAAUUGGAGUACUUUUGUACUUGUGUUGUAAUUUUGUCGUUUGGUUAACUUACAUUGCGUUGAUGGUAUUGGGCAUAAUAUUGAAUUAUAUUGUGGUGAGGAAACACCCUUUGAGAUUCAACAUUGCAUCCCAGAGAGUUAAAUCAGCUUUGGUAAAGUUGCAGGUAUAUUUUAUGGCGGGUGUUAUUUUGUUAACUCCAUGGUACCUACCUUAUCAGAUUGUGUAUUUGAUUUGCUGUGUAUACCAAGGGGUUCAUGUGUUGAGGAGCUGGGCAACACGAACCAGUCCACUGAAAUCAAAUGGUGAGCGAGAAGUGGGCAAGGAAGAGGAAGGAGACGAGGUAGAAAACGAGAUAGAAACUGUGUUCAACUUUCAAGUGUCGUGGUUAAUGUUGAUGUUGUGGAUCUUGCCUAUAAAUAUUCCCAUUUUGAUUGUCUUUAUUCACAAUUUACAAGUCAAUUGGACUACUCCAUUUAGCAGUCACCAUAACUUGUUAUCGAUAUUGCCUAUACUAUUAGCAACUUACUAUAACAAUGCAUUAGUCGGGAGGGGGAGGAGUUCCAAUAAAGGCCGAAGGAAGAGUCAGAGUGGCAGUGAUGAAGGUGGAGCAUUGCCAAAGUUGAGUGGCACAGUUGUAAAAUUAGUAGAAACGAUAUUGGGAUAUAUUGUCUACUAUUCCUUGGUUUAUGGAAGCAGACACACUUUCUACUUGCAUCAUUUGUUUAACUUGUUGAGUUGUUUGAUUUUCAUAGUGUUUUUCUCGAGUGAGUCAGCAGCAGCAACUGGUACUGGCGAUACCAUCAACGGGCAGACCAAACAACUCGGGUUAGAGUUGAAGUUGAGUUGA